UUUCUUCCAACGUCGAAGACAAACUUCCGGAAACGUUGACUCGGUCACGUGACUCCGACGGAACCCAUCUUUGCGAAUUGGUUUCCAGUUUUUCUUCUUGUGGUGGUAUUUGGUUCUGACGUAUUUCACAGGCAGAAGCAAGAAAAAUGGCAGAAACAAUGAAGUUAGGUCCAGAAUGGCUGCAGAAAGCAAGCAGCAUGGGCACCCCACCUUCCUCUCCAGGUUUGGGGAAAUUUAAGCUAGCUGAUUACCGUUAUGGUCGAGAAGAAAUGUUGGCACUGUUUGUGCCUUCAAGCAAAAUACCUGAAGACUUAAAACUUUUUUCUUUUAUUUUGGUUGACAAACCUCAAGAUCCUUUGGCUUAUAUACCUCCUACGGAAGAGGAACAGCGGCUUAUGUCCCAGUCAGUGAACAGUUGUGCAGUUCUUCGAUUGUCUGGGAGAGGAGGAAGCAGUGGAAGGGGAGGCAGAGGAGGAGGGGAACGAGGUCGAGGAAGAGGUCGUGGUCGAGCAGAGGGUUUUGGUCAAAGACUGUCAUAUGAUGAUGGUGAAACAAGUAGUUUUACCCGGAAUAGAAGUCGAGAAAACUGGGAUGAUAGUUUCCCUUUUUUUUCUCACAGACGGUAUGAACGUAGUUAUUCAGCUAGAAGCUUUGAGGACUCUGCCCAUCCAGCUAAAGAAUAUUCCAGAUCAUUCAGCAAUGAGAAUUGGCGUGAUAAAAAAUCACUAGAUGAUGAUGAAGGUGAUUGGAGGAAAGCUUGCUCUCGAGAACGAUGGGUCAUGCCUUUGGUUACUGAAGAAGACGAUGAUGGAGAUUGGAGGAAGAUGGGUCCACGUUGGGCUUCUCAAAGAUGGCGAGGUUUGGAUUCUGAACGCACUAAAAGCACUACUGGUAUAGGUUUCUUCAAAGACAGGCAACACACAUUUGACCGUGACCGGGACAGACCAAGGAGCUUUCAGCGCAGCCGAAGCACUGAGAUGUGGGAUGAUGGAGAUAUGCCUGAGUGGAGUGUUCCGAAUGAUGAAGAUUACAAUGAAACUGGUACAUUUGACUCAAAUGGGAUUUUUGUUUCAAAUAAAGAUCCAAUGAAAGAUGUUUCACUCAAAGGUCACAGAAGAGAAAAGAAAGAAAUCCCACCCAUUCAUGAUGACCACUGGGAAGAUCAGCCUGAGACAAAAGCUUCUUGUGAAAUGAAAGGGGCUGAUACAAGGAAGGCUCCAUUAGAGAAUCAGUCUGUUAAAAGUUCAAGUGAGCCAGUGGAAGCAGUCAUCAGUAUAAGUGAAGAAGCUAAGAAACUGCGAACUAGUCCCAUUGUAAAUAGUGUACAGAAAUCACCCAGCAAAACAGCACAUUCUGCUGUGAACAUGAAUCCUCCAUCACCGGCCUCAGAUCCUGUGUCCCUGAAGAACAAAGUCAUUGUGGCUGUGCCACCCAUGUUAACAAAAAACUGCUCCAUGAUAGAUUCUGAUGUCAUGUGCCCUCCACAUUUAGAUGUAAUAUCUAAAGACAAUAAUUCUGGUGCUAUCUCUGAUGAAGAUACCCUGGACAGGCUGAAAAAGACUGCAGAAAACAUUGUUGCUGAUGUUACAAAGGAAGAUGAAGAGCCAAAGAAGAGUGUGGAAACGCAAGUGGAGACCUCAAACCAUGAUGAAUGGUUUUACCGAGAUCCGCAGGGAGACGAACAAGGGCCAUUUUCCACAGAAGAGAUGUCAGAGUGGUUUUCAGUUGGUUACUUUGCUAUGAAACUCAUGGUUAAAAGAAGCUGUGAUGAUUAUUACCAACCUCUUGGUGAACUGGUAAAAAGAUGUGGGAGGGUGCCUUUUCUUGCUGGGCCUCCUAUCCCACCUUUCAAAACUAAUGUAGUGAAUUCAGUGAGUCCAAACAUUGAGAUGGAUUUAGCAGCAGCACCAGCAGGUCCCCCGGUGACAUUAGCACCUCAACCCAUAGUCAGCCAAUCCCUUUCACCCGUAGUUACCAGUGGUAUAUCGACUGCAGGCAGUCCCAGUCCAACACCAAUCCAUCCCACUCUGGCAGGUAUGGCGCCACCAGUGCCACAGGUCCCCAAUCAACAGCCUGCACAGCCUCCAGUCUCUGCACAAGAGCAGAUGGCAUUAAUACAUCAGUACAUGUUCCAACAGCAACAGCAACAAAUAUUCCAGCAUCAGUGGUUCAGACACUUCCAAAUGCAGAUGGUGCAACAAUUGCAGCAGCAGCAGCAACAGCCACAUCAGGCUGUUCCACAACCUCCUCCACCACAACUCUCUCACAUUGACCUCUCCGAUCCAGCUGUUGCCAGUAAGAUGAUGUCAAUUCCAGACCAACAGGUGAUGAUGCAGCUACUGAAGUCUCAACCGAUUAUCUUGUCUGGUCAACAGCCACCACUCUUGGCACAGCAGCCACCCCACCCACCACCAGGAGUUGCUACAUUUAGCACUCCACAUCCUGAAGCUUCAGUCCCACAGCAAUCAGUAUUCCAUCGCUCUUUCUCUCAGCCUGCUGAUUCCACAGAAAAUGAAGAAACAUCAAUAUGGGGCAAUUCUGUCGGUUCAGAUAACUGGUCACAGCCAACAAGUGUUUGGGAUUUGGCCCCUACAGGGCCGCCUGCAGGUUUACCACUUCCAAGUGAGCUUCCUCCAGGAAAAGUUAUCAAUGUACAGGAACACGAAGAGAUGGAACGGAAGGAGAUGGAAGAGAAAGAGCGAAAGGAAGAGGAACUGCGUAAGUUGGAGGAGCUACGCAGACAGGAAGAACAGUUACGGCGUGAGAAGGAAGAAUUUGAGAGGGAGAAGGAAGAAAUUAGGAGACAGAAAGAAGAGCUUGAAAUGAAGAAAAACCAUGAGUUGCAAUUGAAAUUAGAAGAAAGUAAGCGGCAGGAGAAGAUAUAUGCUGACCAAGAAUGGAAAAAAGCAGAGAAAUUAAAGCAGGAGGAACUGAGGAAACAAGAAGAGGUUAAACUGAAGAAUGCACAGAAGCACAUGGAAGAGGUGCAGCUUGAAAAAGAGAAAAAAGUUAAGGAAGAACAAAAGAAAUCUGAGCUGAAACUGCAAGAAGCUUUGAAACAACAAGAGUUGAAGAAGCAACAGCAAGAAGAGGUGGAACGUAAGAAGCAACAGAAGAGGCAACAAGAACUAGAGGAACAGCGCAAGCAGGAGGAGCAACGCAAGCAAGAAGAGCAGCGCAAGCAGGAGGAGCAACGCAAGCAGGAAGAGCAACGUAAACAGGAAGACCAGCGCAAGCAGGAGGAGCAACGUAAGCAAGAAGAGCAACGUAAACAACAGCAGGAAGAGCAACGCAAGCAACAAUUGCAGGAGGCUCAGAAGCAGAAAGAUAUUCUAAAACAACAACAGCACCAGGAACAGUUGCGUAAGCAGAAGGAACAGAAGGAACAAGAAGAACUGAAGAAACAGCAGCAACUUGAGCAGCAGCGAAAACAAGAGCAGGAGCAGCGGCUGCAGCAACAGCAGCAACAACAACAUGAGGCAUUACGCAAGGUGAAGCAGCAACAGAAGGAACAGCUGGCCAAAAUACAACUCCCUGCUGGUGCCAACUGGGCCAAAAAUAAUUCCUCUGCUACUAACCUAUCUCAAAGUCAAACCAUUUCCCUUGCUGAAAUUCAACAACAAGAAGAAAUUGAACGGAAAAAAGAAAACCAACGAAAAGCUGAAGCUAAACAAUUGCAACAACAGCAACAGCAGCAGCAGCAGCAGCAGCAACAGCAAGCUGCGGCAGCACACACACAGCAAACAAAAAUCUGGGCCAAUAACAAAAUUGUUGUGGGUAAAUCCAGUGCGAAAUCAUUAUUAGAAAUUCAGCAAGAACAAGCGAAACAGCUUGAAGAAGAGAAGAAGAAGCCAGUUGCACAAACACAAGUUCCUAAAUCAUCUCAUCCUCUUGGAAGUUCUGCUGUAUGGGGCUCAGCAGCUCCUGUCUCAACAUCUCCUACCUCCAACUGGGGCUCGGAAGGUCCGUGGCAAAUACAGGGAAACAAGACCAGUGCCAGCUCUAUGUGGGAGACUCAGAAAAAUAAUAAAAAACAGCCCUCUCCUACAAAGAAUAGUACACUGGACACUAAUAGCUUCCCAAGUUUGACUGCCGUAUCAUCUGGAGCAUCUCAGAAUACAAAAUCGAAAUCAUCAAAAAAUAAACAUAACGCAGAUGGUGUAGUGAAAUUAUUCCAAUCUUCUAAUUCAAAUGAUGACAUCCUUCACUGGUCUGAAACUAUGCUUAAGAAUGUGUCAUUAUCUAUUGAUGUCCCAACCUUUGUGGCCUUUCUACAAGAUGUGGAUUCACAAGAGGUACGUGAAUAUGUUCGCUGUUACUUGGGAGAAAACAAAGUUGCUGCUGAAUUUACUCGUCUCUUUCUUGAGAAACGAAAUGCACUGAAGAAAGGGGCUCAACAUACAAACCAAUCAAACCGAAAAUCCCAACCACCACAAGAAGAGGAAAGUAUUUGGGGUCCAGUUCGUAACACUGCCACAGAGUCUCAUAGCAGCAACAGCAUCAGUAACAAUAAUCAUAGCAACAACGAUGCCAUCAACUUGACCAACCAACAGGAACACUUGUCUGGCAGUGGCAGCAGCAGCAGCAACAACAACAACAGCAACAAAACUAGUAGCAAGAGUAGCAAAAAGAAGAAACGCAUGCAGAAAUUGGACACCAGUGUUCUGGGAUUCACCGUCCAUGCUGCUUCGGACAGGUUCAACGUUGGAUCGAUUGAUUCCGUGACUCAGGCACAGAGUAAGUGAGUGGUGUGAUGUUUUUCGGCACGAACAUGUGAUCCACAUAUAUUGUACAACUUUAGAUAAAUUUCAGAUACAUACACACGCAUCAGCUUAAAUACAGACACAGACAUUAGUGUGUACACAAACACUUAAAAAUAUGUAUGUGUAUACAGAAUGCAAAACUAAAAACAAAAGAUGAUGACAAUAAAAAGGAUAAGAAAGCAAGCCAGAGACAGCCAGUCAGUAAAAGCCAACCGUUGAAACCAGUCCUCAAAAAAGAAAAACUUCCCAAAUGAUCUUAUUGCAAAGAAUGUAUUGUUAAGUUGGUGGUGUUUAUAGCCAUUACUGUGUGGAGUUGCAAGCACUGUCUGGAGGGAGACUGAGGUAUAUGAUGAGAGAUAGAGAGAGAGAAAGGUUGGUUAGUCAUUCAACCCUGUGCGUGAGAAAGUAAGUGAAAAGCAAUUUAUAUUUUCUUUCAGUUGUAGUUGUGUAAGUGAUUUUCAGCUUGUUUUUCUGAACAUUCAAAUAGCUGUAUUUGAAUAUCUGUGAAAUAUCCUGUAAACUUUAGUGCCAUGUCAGGUGAAAUGUAUGGAAACAUUGAGUGUUGGAUGUAGUUGUAUUUCUACAAAGCAUUACAGACUUUACACACCUGAUACAAGUGUAUACAGAACACUCCUGUUUUUAAGGAGUGUGAGUGGUCUGCUAGUUUGGAUUCCUUCAUUCCCCCGCCCCACCUUUCUUCUGUUCUUUUGUUUCCUUAUCUGUUCUUCAGUGUUUUCUUCUUUCCCUCUCUUUGUCUCUUUUCUCCUUAAUCCUCCCUUCUACAGAUCAAUAAAGUGAAUGCUGUCCACAGGUUAAAAGUAGUGGUGUUGGGCAGGGGGUGGGGGUUGUGGGAAGCUGAUGUUGGAUCCCUUCAAUCACUUCUAAAAAAUUGAAUUUAAAACAAGGCAAACUGAAAGAAAGACAUAGGGGACCUUUCUUUUUGCGUAUUGUUGGGGGUGGGGAACAGGAACCGAAAAUAGACAAGAAAAGCAAAACAAACUAUUAUUUUGGAAUGUUGCAAUGUUUCCCUUUUUUAUUUUCUAGAAAUCUUGGACAUUCAGCCUUGAGAGUAUAGCAAGUUUAAUAUAUAUACAUAUAUAUACAUGUAUAUAUAUAUAUGUAUAUAUAUAUAUAUAUAUAUAUAUAUAUAUAAAAUUACAAAUCAAUAAUAAUGGAAACUGCACUUUCCUUAAUAAUAUCUUCCCCUCUCUUUCUCUUUUCCCUGCCUCUCUCUCUCUCUUUUUUUUUUCUUCCUUUUCCUGUUCUUUCUGAAUUUUACAUCUGGGGAAAAUAAAUAAAUAAAUCAGAAGUGGAAAUUUUUGCAUACCUACCUACAUGAAUUGGCUGUGAUAUUAAUUGCAAAAAAAUAAAAGAAAUA